GCAUGUUGCAUGCUUUUUCCCCCCUCUGCCCUCUUUCAACGACUGUCGCCCCGCCGCGCACUGUGUGUGUGUGUUUGUCUAUGCGCCCUUUUAUCAGAAUGCAUGCAUUCAUGCAGUCUUUGGAUGUCCUCUCUCAAUCACUUCGUCUUCAAAUCUUUCCAUAGUUUUUCAUCUCUCUCCAGCCAUAUUGAUGAUGAGAGUUCAUCUUCCAGUAGCAACCUGUUCACUCGCCGGCUGACACUCUUGCCGCCAUCAUCCGUUGGAUUAUUUCUGAAGGAAUAUUGCAUUGGGGAAUGGGCUCGGAAAUCGGGGCGUACAUUCUGUGUUAGCAUCGAACGGUGAAUGUGUUGUUUUGGGUGUUUAAGAACAUAAAGAUAUAGAAACACACAACCUUGAAUCGGACGAUACUAUCGAAGAAAUCAUGACCACAGACGCGGGUUUUAUAGCGGGUGUAACAGUGGGCGCGGCUAUCGCCUCAGCAUUCUUAUUUGCCUGCCUCUACUCCGCAUACAGGGCCGUAAUGGACCGAAGGAGGAUUGUGGCAAAGAACAAAUACAUCCGGGAUCAGAGGUUACUAGCAGCAGCAGAGUGUGAGACAGGAGCACCAGUCGCAGAACCAGCUGUAGCUGAACCGGCUACAUCGCAACAACAACAGCAACAGAAGCAACAUUUGUCUCCUCCAGAGGGAAUAGGACGACAGCUAAGAGCAGGAAGCGCCCCUAACAUCCAAGAGGCAAGAAGAGGGUCGGCAUUCAAGCCACCACCAACACCAACGGAGAAGAGGUGGACAAGACAAGGGCUUCAAUACCGACACGAGGGCGGCUGUGUUCACAUUCACAAAACUGACAGUACCAGUGGAGACGCAAAUUCUGAGUGCGGGAGUAGAAAGAACUCGAGGCAGAUGGAUACAGCCGAUCUUGAAGGUGAUGUCUUUAUGACAGUUCCAACGACGCACCGGCAACGCUCGGCCUCAGCGGACGUGACACACACGGCGCAGUCGCCGACAGACAGAUCAUCCACCACCAUCACGAUAACCCAACCUCCACAGAAACCGGUGUAUCUUAGUACAGAUGGGUCAGGGACGCAGCCACAGAGCACAACGGAGGCACCCAAGUCCGCCCCAGGCUCUAAAGACCCGUCUUGGGUCUAGAUGAACUGUAUUCAGCGGUGUUGAAUCACUGUUGCCCUCUUCCAGAUUCGAGAACAGCUUUGAAUUAUGACCUAGUCAUUAUUCUAAACGAUGCAGCUUCGAGAGGUCGUCGGAUCAACAUCGGACCAUCCCCCGAUCUACGGCUCUAGGGUCAAAGACAGCCACCAAGAUGACGAACAGAUUCCCUGUGGUUGAUUAGGAUUGUUUGAAUUUGAUUCGAUGGAAGCUAAAGCUUUGAGCAGUAUGUGCCCUUGGUGUAAUCGCCAAAUGCUCUUUAGAGCAACCGUAUCUUCUUCUUGAGGAUCACAAAAUACGGAAGAUAGGCGAGAGUGGUCUAAGUAACAAGGCUGUGAGAUCAAGGUAUCAAAUGAGAAUGCUUCAUGUCGACAACAUUAAUAGUUGUGGCCAGCGGACGACUACAAAGUAGCACCCGACAUACUGGCAGUACCAAGUACUACUAUAUACACUAGUUAGACUAGUCGUGAGAGUUUAUUUCUCUCUAAUAACCAGAUCAUAGACUGCCAAGUUGAACCUCUGUGUAAGGACGAUUAUUUCCAUGUAGAAAAACGAAAUUACAAUACCAGAUGUAAAUCGACGCUUUUAAAUACAUGUUAUAUAACCACAAGUGCAUCAUGGAUUUAAAUAUUGAACGGAAUGCAUGUUAAUAGCGUAUUUGUGUGUGUGUGUGUGUUAGGAUGCAGCGUUAGUAUUUCAAACAAAAUAAAUUAGGUAGAUCAAUUAGAUAGUAUAAGCAUAUCUCAUUCUCGGAAUAAAUAAGGGGGCAAUUAAGAAGCAGGAAGCGAUUAUGAUGUGCUUUUCCAGAUAUUUUAUAUCUUGUAAUUCUACCGCAAUGUUCGUUUAUGCUUACCACUGGAACAAUAGCCAAAGGGGAAUAGCGCUCUUUUAUUGAGCUUCGAAGAGGAUGCCUGUUAUAAUGGAGGGAAAUGUCAUGCAUUUAUCAUGCUUUGUAUGAGGCAAUCCAGGCAAUGCACUCCCGUAGAAGAUGACAAAUAUUACUUUUGCGGUUUAGAACAAGUUGCACUACUAUAGAGUUUCAGCCAUGCAAGUGUUCUGUUAGAUACGCUUUCAGACAAGCUGUUGUUUCCUAGACAUUAAAGUGAUCACUGUGGAAGUUUCAUCUGCUUGUUUGAUGCUACCAUAAGAUGUUUUAAUGAUACGUUUGGGUUCAGAGUAAAUCAUCAUUUGUCGAGAAGUUGAAAGGGAAGAAGAAAAAGAAGACGAAUAACAUGAAGAAGAAGAAGAAGAAAUGAAAAAGAAAAGAAGGGGAAGUAUUUUCUUUUCAAAACACGGAGAAUCCCUGUCACCUUAGAAAAGUUUUCCAGGUCGAGUGAACACUUCGCUGUAGCACGGACCUACAAAGAAAUAGACAUUGAUCGGUUAGUUAAUUAUUUUCAUAUUUGUCUCGUUUUAUUCUAUGACGGUCUCCGAGAAAGAUAUUGCAUGAAAUGCCUGCGCAGGAGAUAAUCGCUUAUAUCCUGGACAAAUCAAUGUGCAUUCCGGGUUUACAGUUGGUAGUCUUAGUUGUAUGUGUUUUGUUUGGGAAAAUGUAUGCAUAUUUGGAGACAGAGAUACAGAUUUUCAAGACAAAUCCUUUAAAUUAAGGUAAGCCAUUAUUUUCUUC